AUGAAUCCAAAUAAGAUUAUAGAUUUAAAGAUUAUUACUGUAGGUAAUUAUGGCGUAGGGAAAAGCUCAAUUUUAAAAAGGUUUCACCAAGUUGACCUUGAUGAUAAUACCACUGGUUUUAAAACAAAAAAAUUUAUUAUUGAUAAUCAUCAUGUUAGUGUUCAGACAUGGGAUACAAGUGGACAAGAACGUUUUUGUUCACUGUCUAGUUCAUUUUAUAGAAAUUGUGAUGGUGUAAUUUUAUGUUUUAGUGUUGAUAAUGAAGAUUCAUUCAAAGCUUUAGAUCUUUGGAGAGAUGAAUUAAUAAAGUUUGGUUAUUUCCCUGAUAGAGUUCCUUUUAUUUUAGUUGGAAAUAAAUUUGAUUUAGAAUUUAAGAAACAUGUAAUCAAUAGUAAAAUGGCUCAAGAUUGGUGUAAAUAUCAAAAAUUAAAAUAUCAAGUAGGUGUUAAUAAAGAGUUACCCGAUAUAAUAUAUCAUGAAACUUCUAUUGAAAAACUUGUAUCAAUUGAUGAAGCAUUUAUCAACAUCUGUAGACAAGCAUUUGAAAAUAAAAUAAAAAUUUCUCUCUCAAAAUUAAAUAAUAAUAAUAAUAAUAACGAAGAAAAUAAUAAUAAUAAUAAUAACAAUGAAAACAAUAAUUAUAAUAAUGUACCAAUUUUUCAAAUUGGACAGAAGAUACGUUCUUGUUGUUACUAUUGA